AUGUGGCCCCUGUUGGUGCUGCUGCUGCUGGGCUCAGCGAGCCGCGGUUCAGCUCAGCUAAUAUUUAAUAUAACCAAAUUUGUAGACUACACCACUUGCAAUCAAACUGUUGUAAUUCCAUGUAUCGUUAAUAAUGUGGAGGCAAAGAGCCUGAGAGAAAUGUUUGUAAAGUGGAAGUUCAGAGACAUAAACUUUUUCUCCUAUAAUGGAGAGAAAAAUGAAUCCAAGCCCAUCAAUAGCACCUUCUCAAGUGCAUACAUCGUUCCAGAAGCACUACUAAGUGGCAUUGCCUCUUUGAAGAUGGACAAGUCCCAAGCUGUCCCAGGAAACUACACAUGUGAAGUAACAGAAUUAACUAGAGAAGGCGAAACCACCAUAGAACUAAAAUAUCGUGUUGUUUCAUGGUUUUCUCCAAAUGAAAAUAUCCUUAUUGUUAUUUUCCCAAUGUUGGCUGUGCUUCUGUUCUGGGGACAGUUUGGUAUUGUGACACUUAAAUAUAAUGCCAGUGUUACGAAGGAGAAAACCAUUCUUUUAUUUGUGGCUGGACUAGUGCUGACUACAUUUGUCAUUGUUGGAGCCAUCCUCUUCGUCCCAGGUGAAUAUUCAACAAAGAGGGCCAGUGGACUUGGUUUAAUUGUAGUUCCUACAGUGAUAUUAAUAUUACUUCAGUACUCUGUAUUUAUGAUAGCUCCAGCUAUUGGGAUGUCCUCGUUCAGCAUCACCAUAUUGAUCCUUCAGGUGCUGGGCUUUGUGCUCUCUGUGGUCGGACUAAGCCUCUGUGUCUCAGAGUGCACACCAAUGCAUGGUCCUCUUCUGAUUUCAGGUUUGGGAAUUAUAGCUUUAGCAGAAUUACUUGGAUUAGUUUAUAUGAAAUUUGUUGCUUCCAAUCAGAGGGCUAUUCAGCCUCCUAGGAAUAACUGA